AUGACAUCAAUCACCCAACUAUUAUCCCCAUGGCCUGUAUCUAAACAUUCAAUAGUCUUGCGAGAGCAACAUUAUCCCCCGCCACAGUCUUCGGCUCUUCCGGAGCACAUCGAUUCGAUGCAGCAGCAACCUUCAUCGCCAAACGACCCCAAUGACGGAGUAACUGGAAGUGCUGAGAGUGACGGCGGUGACAACAAUGGGGACGGUCGUAAAGGCUACGGGAAACGUGAACUGAGCACGAGUAAGAGAGCUGCCCAAAACCGAGCAGCCCAGCGAGCAUUUCGUCAACGCAAAGAGGGCUAUAUCAAGAAACUCGAGGAACAGGUUCGAGAUUACCAAGUGCUCAGCGAAAACUUCAAAGCUGUUCAGGCCGAGAACUACCAGCUACGUGACUACAUCAUCAACCUUCAAUCCCGGUUACUGGAAUCUCAAGGAGAGGUGCCACCCCCUCCUAGCAAUGUGGACGGCCUUCAGCCCGGCAAAGCAGGCCCCUCAGCUCAACCAGGGACCCUACCCCGUCUUUCGGAACUGGGUGCAGUUUCUCAGAUCCAAGAUCAUCACGAGUCUCACCGCAGUGGAUAUCCAGAUCCUACUUAUUCAGAAUCUCCAAUCACGAAACGCGCGAGAACAGGCUCGUCAGAGAUGACAUCGUCACAAGCGGCAUUACAGGGAUCAGCCAUUCUAUCCCAAGCAUCAACAGGAGCACGAUGA